ACUUCACCAACAAAAAAUCUCGUCCUGCCUCACCUCGCCGCGGCUGACAUGCACGCCAAGUCACCUCUCUUGUCCGGCCACCCUUGCAACCUUCCCCGCCAGGCGUCAGUCCAGCCACGCCACCCACCACCGAAGGCUUCACACCCAGACUCUCCAGAGACAUACAAGCUUUUAUCGUGACAAUGAAGAUGCUGACAGCCUUGGUGCGACUCUUGUUAGUGGCGGUGGCGAUGCUGGCGGUGGAAGUCUCUGGCAGGAUGGCAGGCCGCCUGCCAGGAGGCUUUGGUCAGCUAUCAUCAGACUUCAGCUGUAAUGACCGACCCUUUGGGUAUUACGCGGACGUGGGUCACGGCUGCCGCGCCUUCCACGUGUGCAUGCCCGUGUACGACGAGGACGGAGUGCUCGGCGAGGUGGCGCACUUUUCCUUCAUGUGUGGCCAAAGCGCCGUGUUCAGCCAAGACUCCCUCACGUGUGCGCACCCGACCGAGGCCUUGCCCUGCGAAGCGGCGGCCGCCCACUACGACCAGUCUAACGCUGAGUUCGGCAUCAUUCCAGAGGAAAACUUGAAAGUCACCCUCGAGUAGAUGAAGGGAACAGAAUGGAUAAGCCUCCUCUAUGUCAUGUGGUUUUGGGGUCUGGGCAGGAGGAUUCUGAAUGUAUGUCACUGAAGCUCCCAUUAGUGCCUUUCUAGUAGCCUCAAAUUACUGCUGUCAAUUACAUGUCACUAUCAUCCAAAACUAUGAAGGUAAACAGCCUCAUAUAUUUCAAUAUUACUAGAAAAUAAUAAAAAGUUGAGAAGAAAUAAUUUUAUUUUGUUAUAUUCUUUCGUAAUUGAAACAAUAAACUUUACCAUUCCUUU